UAUCCACACCAUCGACCUUUCCUUUUCCGGACGCUUCUGGAACCCAAUACUGCCGCUUCCCAUCCCACGAGGACCCUCUCGCCUCCUCUAGAAGCUCCUCUCCACCUCACCCAAUCCCUUUUUUCCCUUCUCCCCUUUCGUCGUCAAAGAGUGUCGCAAGCCUGACCUGAAGCUUCUUCUCACUUCUUCCCUCAGUUCCCACUUCGCUUCUCCAAAGUUCCAAUCAAGCGAUGGUACUGGUUGAUAAUCAACUUGGUGGGUGGACUGUACGCUUCACGUUGUUAGGGCUAAUCUUUGGAUGCUAAGAUGGCUGAACAAUUCUACACAGUUGCAUCAGAUAGUGAGAACACUGGUGAUGACAAAGUGCAAUCUGCUUUUCCUGAUCUUGCAAUUGGUAUUGAUAUUGGAACUUCAAAGUGUAGUGUUGCGAUAUGGAAUGGUACACAAGUGGAACUGCUUAGGAAUCCCAGAAACCAAAAGCUGAUGCGCUCUUAUGUCAUGUUCAAGGAUGAUAGUCCUUCAGGAGGAGUAAGUGAAGAACUUGCUCAUGGUGAGCAGGAAAUAUUCUCAGGAAGUGCAGUUUUUAAUAUGAAACGCUUGGUUGGAAGAGUGGAUACAGACCCAGUGGUUCAUGCCAGCAAAACUCUUCCUUUCCUGGUUCAGACUUUGGAUAUUGGUGUCAGACCAUUUAUUGCAGCUCUAGUAAAUAAUGUAUGGAGAUCCACUACACCGGAAGAAGUCCUUGCAAUUUUUUUGGUGGAAUUGAAAGCCAUGGCAGAAGUUCAACUGAAGCGUCGAAUCAGAACUGCCAUUCUAACUAUACCGGUCUCUUUCAGUCGCUUCCAGAAAACCAGGAUUGAGCGUGCCUGUGCAAUGGCAGGGUUACAUGUCCUCAGGCUUAUGCCAGAACCUACUUCAGUAGCACUACUGUAUGCACAACAGCAGCAGCUAUCUUUACAUGAGAAUAUGGGAAGCGGCAUUGAAAAAGUUGCUCUUAUAUUCAAUAUGGGGGCAGGAUAUUGUGAUGUUGCUAUAACUGCGACAGCUGGUGGAGUCUCUCAGAUCAAAGCACUGUUGGGUUGUACUAUGGGUGGAGAGGAUAUCCUUCAGAAUGUCUUGUGUCACCUUCUGCCAAACUUUGACACUUUCUGUGCUGAUCACAGUAUGGACAAAAUCAAAUCAAUGGGAUUACUGCGCAUUGCAACCCAAGAUGCAAUUCACAAACUCUCCUCCCAGCCCAGUGUGAUUAUUAAUGUGGAUUUGGGUGAUGGAAAUAAAGUAUGCAAAACCUUGAACCGUUCAGAGUUUGAGGAAGUGAAUAGCAAGCUAUUUGAGAAAUGUGAGAAGCUUAUAAUGCAGUGCCUGGUUGAUGCCAAAUUCACUGCAGAAGACAUAAAUGAUGUCAUACUGGUAGGAGGGUGUUCCAACAUUCUGAAGAUCAGAAGUCUGGUGCUGGGGUUGUGCAAAAGAGAGAAUUUAUAUGAGGGUAUAGACCUACUAGAGGCUGCAGUCUGUGGUGCUGCGCUAGAAGGAGCUGUUGCUUCAGGAAUUAGUGAUCCCUCAGGGAGCUUGGAUUUACUAACUAUACAGGCAACCCCUUUGAGCCUGGGCAUCCGUGCUGAUGGUGAUGGCUUUGCAGCAAUCAUAAACCGGAACACGGCGAUUCCUGCAAGAAAGGACAUGCUGUUUACGACAGCACAUGACAACCAGAUGGAGGCCUUAAUUGUUGUUUAUGAGGGGGAAGGAAAGAAGGUGGAAGAGAACCACCUCUUAGGUUACUUCAAGAUCACUGGGAUUCCCCCAGCACCAAAAGGGACUGCUGAGAUUAGUGUUUGCAUGGAUAUCGAUGCUUCGGAUGUGCUUAGAGUGUUGGCUGGUGUUGUUCUUCCAGGCACCCAGAAUGCUGUUUCACCUUUCAUUGAAGUGAGAAUGCCAACACUGGGAGAUGGUCAUGGCUGGUGUGCACAGGCGCUUGCUAAGAUGUAUGGUUCUUCCCUGGACCUAGCCACCAUUCCAAAGAAGUUGCAGCAGUGAGUAAUAGAUGGUGAAUUAUUGUCUCCAUUUUUUACUUGCUUCCUUACAGAAAUGUGUGUUCACCUCAGAGGUGCUUUAUGAUGAGACUUUAAGACCUGUUCUUGUUGUGUAAUAGUCUCUGCGGCUAAUAGAAUCUCUGUUCAAUCUAGUAUAUAUUACAGCUUAUUCCAUCUGAUGGUUCACCGUACUGAAUAUUGUUUACCUAUCAUUGGAGUUUCCUUUUCCUGCAGCAA